AUGAUUUCAGCUAUCUCCAGCCCCUGGCUCACCCAGCUGUCCCAUUUUUGCGAUGUUGCAGCUUUCACGGCCAACAGCCUGAGCAGCCUGAACGCCUCCGGGGGGUACCACCUCUCCCCUUCCCCGGGGGACCCGUACGGACAGCAUGAGCCGCCGCACUACGAGCCCUGCACGGCUCAGCAGCACCCGCACCCGCCGCCCCAGCCCCAGCACGGCUACCCUUUCGGCGGGGCGGCGGCGCCGGCCGGGACCAACCCGCCUCCCCCAGGCCCCGAGCAGCCCGAGGGUGCCGGUGGAGCCGCUGCGGGGCCGGCCGCAGUGUCGGGCUGUUCUGCGGGGGGGGCCGCCACGACCAAGGCGCCGGUGAAGAAGAACCCGAAGGUGGCCAACGUGAGCGUCCAGCUAGAGAUGAAGGCGUUGUGGGACGAGUUCAACCAGCUGGGCACCGAGAUGAUCGUCACCAAGGCAGGCAGGCGCAUGUUCCCCACCUUCCAGGUGAAGAUAUUCGGGAUGGACCCUAUGGCUGACUACAUGCUCCUCAUGGAUUUCGUUCCGGUGGAUGACAAGCGAUACCGGUACGCCUUCCACAGUUCCUCCUGGCUAGUGGCCGGCAAAGCCGACCCCGCCACCCCCGGGAGAGUCCAUUACCACCCGGACUCCCCGGCCAAAGGGGCGCAGUGGAUGAAGCAGAUCGUUUCCUUCGAUAAGCUCAAACUGACCAACAAUUUGCUGGAUGACAACGGGCAUAUCAUUUUGAACUCCAUGCACAGAUACCAGCCGCGUUUUCACGUGGUCUACGUGGACCCCCGGAAAGACAGCGAGAAGUACGCGGAGGAGAACUUCAAAACUUUCGUCUUUGAGGAGACGCGCUUCACGGCAGUGACCGCCUACCAGAACCACAGGAUCACACAGCUGAAGAUUGCGAGCAACCCUUUUGCCAAGGGAUUCAGAGACUGCGACCCUGAGGACUGGCCCAGGAACCACAGGCCAGGGGCUCUUCCUCUCAUGAGCGCUUUUGCCAGAUCCCGGAAUCCAGUCUCUUCCCCAGCCCACCAGAACGGGACAGAGAAAGAUGCUGCCGAGAGCCGGCGGGAGUUCGAGCGGGAGGCGGGCGGGACGGCGCUGCACCAGGCCGAGGCCGCGCACCAGCAGCUCAUGUCCCGCGUACUCAGCCCCGCGCUGCCGGGCGGAGGCGGCGGGCUGGUGCCGCUGGCCGGGGCGGGCGGCGGCCGGCCCAGCCCUCCGCACCACGAACUGCGCCUGGAGCCCGCCGCGUCGGAGCCGCUGCACCACCAUCCCUACAAGUACCCGCCCGCGGCGGCCGCCGCCUACGACCACUACCUGGGGGCGAAGAGCCGGCCCGCCCCCUACCCCCUCCCCAGCAUCCGCGGGCACAGCUACCACCACCAUCACCACCACCAUCACAUGAACGCGGCGGCCGCAGCGGCGGCGGCCGCCAACAUGUACUCGCCGGCCGGGGCACCCGCCGGCUACGACUACGGGCCCCGGUAA